AAAUCCAGAAAAUUCUUGUCGGCGUGAUGGGUUUCACCAUGGGUCUGAACAUGCUUCUCUUGAUGGCUAUGGUGGCCACAAACAUCCUCUCUCUCUACCACCUCUCCUCCAACAUCCAGUCCAUAUCCCCCGCCGCCAAUGUCGCCGCCGUCCCCGACCACCUCAUCCGCCAGCUCCAAACCAUACGCGCCACCAUCAACCACCUCACCAGCCUCCAAUCGCCGGCUCCUCCGUCUUCCAGGAAACCUUCCGUUUCUAUCCCUUCCGAUCUUCUUCUCUACGCUCAUAUGUCUCCCAUUGCUUCUGCUUGUAAGGAUUACCCGGAUUUGCUCCAUCAGUACAUGAAUUACACUCCCUUUGCUCUCUGCCCUGCGGAUUCGGCGAUUGCCGAUUCCCUGAUUCUCCGCGGCUGCCACCCGCUUCCGCGGCGGCGGUGCUUCUCCCGGACCGCCACCGCCGCGCCGACCUCGCUCCCAAAGAAUCCGUUUUCCAGUCUGCCGGAAAACGCGGUGAUUUGGAAGAAUUACAACUGCAAGAGCUUCAGUUGCCUGGCCAAGUCCAACCCUGGAAUGGGGUUUGAUAUGAAAAUUGAGCAAUCCAGAUUCUUCUCAUCCAAAUCGGAUCUAGAUCUGCCAAUUCCACAGCUACUGCAAAUUGCGAAAUCGGCCAAGAGUGUGAUUAGGUUAGGGCUGGACAUAGGUGGUGGGACAGGCACCUUCGCGGCACAAAUGAAACUGCAAAAUAUGACAGUAGUGACCACCACCAUGAACCUCGGGGCGCCCUACAACGAGGCCGUGGCACUGAGGGGGUUGGUGCCACUACAUGUGCCAUUGCAGCAGAGGCUGCCAGUGUUUGAUGGAGUGAUGGAUCUUGUGAGGUGUGGGCAUGCUGUGAAUAGGUGGAUUCCUGCAACUAUGAUGGAGUUCUUGUUCUUUGAUGUGGAUAGAGUGCUGAGAGGUGGUGGGUACUUUUGGCUGGACCAUUUCUUCAGCAAAAAAGUGGAUCUGGAAAAGGUGUUUCAGCCAUUGAUUUGGAAGCUGGGGUACAAGAAGGUGAAGUGGGCUGUGGCAGACAAGACUGAUACUGCUGGGGUGAAGAAUCAGGAGGUUUAUUUGACAGCCCUUCUGCAGAAGCCUGUAUCCAGAUGAGACCUCAGAGGAGGUUAUAUCACUAGAUCUUUUGGGUUCUUGAAUGACAAACGCUCUCAGCAAAUGUUUAUAUCCAAUCUACAAUGCCAAGCCUUUUCCCUUCAAAAUCUGAAAAAUGCAAAUUACUUGGCAUUGGAGCUUGGAAAUUUUGCAGUUGCAGUUGACAGAAAGGCAUCAGAUUGGGAAAUGGUGGUGGAGACUGGAGAUUACAAUGAUAUUAUUGGAUUGAAUAGGCAUCCAUUUUAUUUGUUCUUUCUUUUGAAGGUUUUAGUGAGAGGAGGGGUGUUAGAUGUUCUUUACAUGAACUUGUACUAUUAUGCCACUUCAACCUCAAAUCUAUAUGUAUUGAACUUCUAAGUUCUAACAA